UCUCCAACAAAGGAAGCCAGGGAAUUCGCUUUACUUCAAAUUUAGAAGUUCAAAAUUUCCCACUCUCUGAAAUAAAAUGUCCCUUCGGAAAGACUCGAACGAAUCAUCUCUGACAAGUGACAAAUCAUCCGAAACCGAAUCCACACCAGAUAGGGAACCAUCGAAUUUGCUAUUAGAUAAUAUAGCUGCAAAGGAAUCUUCUCUGCCAUCGCCUAUCGAUAUCAACAUCAAUAGCUCUGAAAAGCUCACAUUACCGGAAUUGCUGUGGCAUGGCUACGACACGCUUCCAAGCAAAAUCAAGUUAACCAAUACCGGUGAAACGGUGAUUCUCAGUGCCAAGUGGCCGGACAACGCAAUACCCUAUCUGGAGGGAGGUCCUCUGGCAGGCCGUUACGUCUUCUCUCAACUCCAUUUCCAUUGGGGCAACACAGCAGUUGAUGGAAGUGCUCACACCAUAGACAACGCUCACCUUCCACUGGAGGUGCACGUGAUCCAUUUCAACAAUGAGUACGAAACUCAGCAGGAAGCAUUGGAACACGUCGGUGGGGUUAUUUCCUUGGUUUACUUCUACAAUCUAAAAUCCGCGCCGAAUAAGUACAUCCAAUCGGUGAUCGAAAACUUAAAGGAAAUAGUGUUUCCCGAUACGGUGUUCAAGCCAAACCUUUUUCCAAUCCUUGACCUGUUUCAUACCUUCACCAACGAUUAUUUCCUCUACUGGGGAUCAACGCGUACCACAUCGCACAGUCAUCCAAUCCAAUGGUUGAUAUCCCGAACACAGGAAUGCAUCGACUUUCAACAGUUGACCCAAUUCCGGCAGCUGCUGGACCAAAGAAUGCGAGUUAUUCAGCACGAACCCGAUCCUGUAGCUGUCCUUGGGGAUAGGCAUUUGUUCCACGUAAACCCUCUGACACAGUGUUGCAAUUCAACGCUCUCGGUGUUGCCACACUCAAAAUAUCGGAACGACCGUUGGCUGGUAGAUCGAAUGAACAUCGACAUCGGAGCACCUGGCGGAUGCAGGCAGUUCAUUGAAGCAUUGAGGAAGGAGAUGGAAGAAAAAUCUGAUUGACUUUUUUUUGCCAAAUCUGUAAGUUAUAAUAAAUCAGUUGAACAAAUCAGACAUAUAAUAAGACAAUUUCUUACACUGUUUUUAGAA